AUGGCUUCAGCGGCUCUGGUGGAGACUUCUGCGGGGAAAGAUGCCAUCGCUGAGGGGUUAUUGGACCUCCUGAAACCAGCGAUUCAGCAGCUCGACCUGCACGUACACUCAGUCAGGUAAAUGUGGUUGUUGAUUGAUUGAAUGUGACAUUUUUACUUCCUGUCAUCUGAGCCCACUGCUCGCCUGUCCCGUGACUCUGUCAGCCCUGAUUGUUCCCUUUACUGUGUUUUCAGCAUAAAUGUUCAGUUUUACUGUUGUAAAGCUGUUGGAUUCCAUGUGGAAUUUUGUCUUUUUGUGUGUGUUUUUGAUACACUCCUGACUGCUCUAAUUGAAACUGUUGUAAUCUGCACAUUUUACUUGCACACUGUCAGAUUUUCUGGAUUAAUGUGAUUCUUUGAUUGUUUGCAGAGAAAGUCAGGUGGAGCUAAGAGAACAUAUAGACAAUCUGGCAACAGGUAAGAUAACUCAAGAGUUUUGUAAUACCACCACAAUUCUGACCCUGCAAAAUGUUGAUUAAAAACAGAUUAGGAUGUUUGCAAAUUAUUUAACCCCUAAAUUUAUUUAGUUUAGUAGUACAACUUCUCUACUACAGAGCCAUGCUGUUGUAAUCCCUGCAGAAAGUGGUUUGUCAUUGUCUUGAUGAAAUAUGAAAUAAGUCAUCGUCUGAAUGGCAGCAGAUGUUGCACCUAAACCUGUAGCUAUUGUUCUGCAUUAACGAAGCCUUCACAGAAGUGGAAGCAGCCCAUGGCAGUUAGAGGGAGACAUAUUUCAAACUGGGCCCUAUUUUUUCAUGAGCCUGUGUGUGUCUGACUGAUGGGGAGAACAUGGGGUCCAUCCAGUAUGAAGAUAGAGCAGCCGGCAGCAGCGAAACGAGCUAAAAUAUAGUUUGACCAGGCAUGUAUGCAUUAUCAAACUGCGUCCACUGCAAAUGCUUUAUUUCAGCACCGCCAGGCUCAGAUUUAUAAAAUGAUAAGCGUUUCCCUUACUUUCCUCUUGUGCUGGUGUACAACCAAAUCUGGUUGGUGGAGAAGUGUUAUUCCGAAGUCUGGGAAGACCUCACUUGUUGUAGGUAGACAACGGAGGACCUGUGAGUGAGUGACACUGGGAGUGUCAAAGACUAUCAGAUGUGACACAGACUGUCACAUCAUAUAUGUUUUCUUUGCACCAUUUUAAAUUAAACUUGGGCUAAAAUUAAGAAGAACUUUAUUGAUCCCCAAAGGGAAAUUCAAUGGUAGUUAUUAAAUCUAACUAAUUAUUAAUAGUUAAAUUAUUCACAAAUCAUCAAAAUCUCUUUGUAUUUUACACUCUUUCGUCCCUGCUUAUCUAGAGCUGUUAAUGUAUUUCUUGAAGAUUUUUUUGUUUUUGUUUUCCUUGAACACUGUUUAGAUUUUUCAAUUGCAUGUAGUAUGAAACUGAAGUGUCCUGUCUGCUGACUGCUGUUUUUGUGUCAUGUGUGUUUUCUAGAAUUAUGUAGGAUUAAUGAGCACCAGAAGGUAGCUCUGGAUCUGGACCCAUAUGUGAAGAAGCUGCUGAAUGCCAGACGGAGAGUUGUGUUAGUAAACAACAUCCUGCAGAAUGCACAGGUCAGUGAAGAGAUGGACUUCUGUAAAAAAUAUUAUCCUACAAUAGCUAGAAGAAAUCAAAUUAGAAGAGACUGACAGACAAGUAAGAGCAUUGGUAAAUGUAGGAUUUAAAGUCAUCAGAUUGACACAAAAAUGAAAAAACAUCCCAAAUAAUGUUAAUUUUGUGUCUCUAGGAGCGUCUGAGACGACUUAACCACAAUGUGGCGAAGGAAACGGCACGGAGGAAGACGAUGCUGGAGGCGUCGGGAGUGUUCACCACCCGCUCCCCCAGUAAACCCUGA